AUGACGACCCCAAUUUUGACCUCGCGGCAAGCCGAGGAACUGCACAAAGCCAUUAUCGCAUAUCUCUCCUCAAAUAAUCUGCCGUCAGCAGCCGAAGCGCUGCGGCAAGAGCUAGAGCUGGGCGACACCUUCGACGCCACCACGUCCAAGAAAUAUGAAGGUCUCCUCGAGAAGAAGUGGACCAGUGUGGUGCGCCUGCAAAAGAAGAUAAUGGAUCUCGAGUCAAGAAAUGCUACUUUACAGUCCGAAAUCGACAACGCAACUCCUACAUCCCUUUCCCGCCGAAACCAAGACCCCACCAGCUGGCUACCCAGGUCGCCGCCGAGGCACACAUUGCAAUCCCAUCGAGAACCCAUCACCUGCGUCGCUUUCCACCCUGUCUUCUCAUCACUAGCCUCGGGGUCUGAGGACUACACAAUCAAAAUCUGGGACUGGGAGCUAGGCGAGUUGGAAAGAACCAUCAAGGGUCACACGAAGGCAGUGCUGGAUGUCGACUUUGGAGGGCCGAGAGGCGGAACACUCCUAGCAUCGUGCUCGAGCGAUUUAACCAUCAAAUUAUGGGACCCCUCUGACGAGUACAAGAACAUCAGAACUCUACCGGGUCACGAUCACAGCGUCAGCGCCGUACGCUUCAUACCAUCCGGCGCAGCAGGCGCACCGAGCUCUAGCAACCUUCUAGUAUCUGCUUCGCGGGACAAGACACUACGCAUAUGGGAUGUGUCGACAGGCUACUGCGUCAAGACCCUCCGGGGCCACGCGGACUGGGUCAGAGAUGUGUGUCCGUCGGUGGACGGCCGAUACCUACUUUCGACUGGAAACGAUCAAACUGCCAGGUUAUGGGAUGUGUCCCUCUCGAACCCGGAGAGCAAGCUCACUCUUGUCGGACACGAGCAUGUUGUCGAAUGUUGUACUCUGGCCCCGGGGUCAGCAUAUAAACACCUGGCACCGCUUGCUGGGUUGAAAAAGCCACCACUUGCGUCUAGCAGUGCCGAAUUUAUGGCGACAGGCUCAAGAGAUAAAUCUAUACGACUCUGGGACGCACGAGGGAACUGCAUCAAGACACUCGUCGGCCACGACAACUGGGUGCGCGCUUUACUCUUCCACCCCGGCGGAAAAUAUCUACUGAGUGUUUCGGAUGACAAGACGCUGCGAUGUUGGGACUUGAGCCAGGAGGGAAAGUGCGUCAAGACACUGUCGGAUGUUCACGGGCAUUUCAUAUCCUGCCUCAGAUGGGCUCCUGGUAUCGUUCGAGAACCCGUCGCAAAUGGAAACGGCGAGUCCAAUGGCGCGUCGAAGAAUGGUAGUUCCAAAGCUGCUGCCACACCUGAGGUACAGAUACGGUGCGUUAUUGCGACCGGCAGUGUCGACUUGGCCGUUCGCAUCUUCGCCAAUUGA